CCGAGCGGCCGCGGGCGGGUCCCGACUGGGGCCCGCCGCUGGCUCGGAGACCGGCUUGGGCCCCGCGCCUCACCUCGCUGGCCCCGAGGCGGUUCCUGCGGGCGGUCGCGGCUGAGGGGCCGCGGCCUCGGCCGCCGCCUCCACGGCCCUCCGAGGCGCGGGCCUUACCUGGGGACGCGUGGGGCCGCCCGGGCUCCUUCUAGAGACCAACCCUCGCGUCCGGACGCGGUCCCCGGAGGCGGCUGGCCCCGGUGCCGCCCUCGCGUCCCGCCGAGCGCCCGCUGCGGCGGCCCGGGGAGGAUCGCGGGCCCGCCUCGUGGCCAAGAAGCGCGAGUGACCUGCAGGCCCGAGGCGGGAGGAAUUGUAGGAGGUGCUUCAGUGAAGACAUGGACCAGUGUGUGUAAUCAUGGAAUCUCCUUGCUAACCAUCACCACCUGCUCUCCUUGAUAAGUGAGAGUGGGUCAAGGGAUAAGGAAGAGAGGUCAACAUGAAGCUGAAGCAGCGAAUUGUGCUGUUAGCAAUUCUCCUUGUCAUCUUUAUCUUCACCAAAGUUUUCCUGAUUGACAACUUAGAUACAUCAGCUGCCAACCGGGAGGACCAGAGGGCUUUUCACCGAAUGAUGGCUGGCUUGCGGGUGGAGCUGGUGCCCAAGCUGGACCACACUUUGCAGUCUCCCUGGGAGAUUGCAGCCCAGUGGGUGGUUCCCCGGGAAGUGUACCCUGAAGAGACACCAGAGCUGGGGGCAAUCAUGCAUGCCAUGGCCACCAAGAAAAUCAUUAAAGCUGAUGUGGGUUAUAAAGGGACACAACUGAAAGCCUUACUGAUACUUGAAGGAGGACAGAAGGUUGUCUUCAAACCUAAGCGGUAUAACCGAGACUAUGUGGUGGAAGGGGAACCAUAUGCUGGUUAUGACAGACACAAUGCAGAGGUAGCAGCCUUUCAUUUGGACAGGAUUCUGGGUUUCCGCCGAGCCCCCUUGGUGGUUGGCAGAUUUGUUAAUCUGCGGACAGAGAUCAAGCCUGUUGCCACGGAGCAGCUCUUGAGCACCUUCCUAACCGUAGGAAAUAAUACUUGUUUCUAUGGGAAGUGUUAUUACUGCCGAGAAACAGAGCCAGCCUGUGCUGAUGGAGACACAAUGGAGGGAUCUGUCACACUUUGGCUUCCAGAUGUGUGGCCUCUGCAGAAACAUCGACACCCAUGGGGCAGGACUUACCGAGAGGGCAAGUUGGCCAGGUGGGAGUAUGAUGAGAGCUACUGUGAUGCUGUGAAGAAAACAUCCCCUUAUGACUCUGGCCCACGCCUCUUGGAUAUCAUUGACACAGCUGUCUUUGAUUACCUGAUUGGCAAUGCUGACCGCCAUCACUAUGAGAGUUUCCAAGACGAUGAAGGCGCUAGUAUGCUCAUCCUUCUUGAUAAUGCCAAAAGCUUUGGGAACCCCUCGCUGGAUGAGAGAAGCAUUCUUGCCCCUCUCUAUCAGUGUUGCAUCAUUCGAGUUUCUACCUGGAACAGACUGAACUACCUAAAGAAUGGUGUGCUGAAGUCUGCCUUAAAAUCUGCCAUGGCCCAUGACCCCAUCUCCCCAGUGCUCUCCGAUCCUCACCUGGACGCUGUGGACCAGCGGCUCCUGAGUAUUCUAGCCACCGUGAAGCAGUGCACUGACCAGUUUGGGAUGGACGCUGUGCUGGUGGAAGACAGGAUGCCUCUCUCCCACUUGUAAUUCUCAACACAAAAUAAGUGAAACUUCUUUUUACAAAGAUAGAGAAACAGCACAAUCAACUCCAAAUGGUAUGAGAUGAAUUGGAAAUGGCCAGCAGCAAGUUCUGGUGAUAGGGGACAGGGUGGCAUUGGAUUUCUUUGGUGUUUUCUGUAGUAGAAACUAAAGCAAAGACUACAAGUUUCAGACCACGGAAAUGUUCCUGCUGAAUCACCUUCUUACUUCUCGGCAUUUGCCCCAUUCCAGCAGUGGGUAUCCUAGUGGGUCAGUCUUAAUUCUCAUGCCAAAGGACACAUAGAGGGAUGACACUUGGAUAGGUCAACGCUGGGAUUGGUUCUGGAGUGUGUAUUUUGAGUUUAUCCUUAUAGUCCUUUCUCCACACUAGUGGAUUUUCUGAAAACACUUUGCAGUCUCUUGAGUCCUAUUUUACUAGGACUAGUCAAAUUGGGAAUUUUACUGCCUCCCACGGAGUGGCAGCAAGUAAAACCUGGCAUUCUGUUGAGCCAAAAUAGCAUGCUCUGUUGGAGAGGUUUUGUUUUUAAGAUAGAAUUAGAGGGAAGGACAAAAGCAGGAAAGAUGUUUGGGCUUUUAAGCCUUUAGGUAGUAAUGCUUUUGAUGAUUCUUAGAGGAGGGAAGAAGAGAGACACCCACUUCAUAGAACCAGAAUCGGGGAGAUGACUGAAUUAAUGAAAAACAGGUUCUCCUGUGUUUAAGUUCUAAAGAUGUGUAAAAGCAAACAUGACUUGUACCUAAGUAAAAUCUGCAUUCUCACAGUUGUGUCCAAAUUAACCAAAAAAUUGUCUCUAGAGAGCACAUUAUUAUGACCCAAUUCUCUUAUGGAGACAUUUUUUUCCUUUUACCCAAAGCAGGCAAAUCCUUUCCAAAUUAGCAAAGCAAACUGAACUAAUACCUUGAAUAAGAGUUAGGUUCCCUGUGAACUCUGCCAUCCUGAUUUCUUUUCUGAAAUGAAUUUCCAGCUCUGCCUUUAAGGCAUUUGGUCACUGAAACUGCUGUUCCCAAGAAAUUGGCAAUGGUGUUUGUGCCUUUCUUGUGAGAAAAGCCAGCUCACUCCUGCAGGUGAUGGUGGACGUCCUGCUGGUGGCUGGACCUCUCCUGUGACUUGGGCCAUGUGGAAGACUGGAAGCAAAGAUUUUAAACUUCUGAGCCUUAAAAUUAAGGAGGUUACCAGGAAGAGCCUUACGAUUUUGAUUUAUGUCAAACCGUAAUUUCCUCAUUUAAUCUUGUUUGGAGUUCUGAACCCAUGAUGUCGUAUUGUUCUUCAUCUGUUAGCAUUCUCAAAUUUCAGGUUGCUAAAACACAGGCUUAGUUCUGUGUUCUGGCAAAGCGAUUUUGACAUGUAAGCAGUUGCAGUAAAAUAUAGGGCCAGAGGACAGGCCUGGUGUGCUCGCUCCCUGUGCACUCAGAGUUGUGUGCUGCUCUCCUGCAUCUUGUCUGGGUGCUCUUCCAGUUUUGUACUUAUGUCAAGCAGAGACUAAUAUUUAAACAGUGUGGUUGAACAAAUUUAAUGCCAGCCAUUGGAGACCAGUUUUAGGGAACCACCCUUUCAAAAACAGUUUAGAAUUUAUGCCCCAGUUUCCUCAUAUUGAAAAAUAACUUAGUAACCUGUAAACUACUUUAAAAUAGCAUAAAAUUAGGAUACUUUUGUACUUCAUGUGUGCAUUUUGAGAUGUACACAAGAAUGGGCUGAGUUAUAAAAAAUGGUAUUGAAUUUAAGAAGACAGAUAAUUAGCACAAAACACUGAAAGAGUGUUAACAAAAGGAGGCGUUGAUUCCAAUUUUAAGAACACUUACUGUGUGCAUCCAGGGAAACUCACAGUUGAGCUUGAGAAUACCUUGGGGAGUGCUCACCCCAAAGCAUCAGAGGACUGGCUGGAGGGAGACGGUGGGAAGGGUGCCAGCACUGCUCUCCUUGGUAACUGUUAGUUGAACUGAGUUAUGGAUUAGUGUUCUUUCAAACCCAUGAUACGUUUAGUAUGUCAGAGUGAAAUGAAUAAAAACCGUUCUCAAACUGGGAACUUUAUUCGUAAUGUUGAAGGCAGAAUAUUCUGCUAAGGAAGACAGCAGGAGGGAAAGCUUUGAAAAUCUCUCAUCCUUUUUUCAAAAAUUGCAGAAAAUAUAUAAUUUCAUUCUCUUUCCCUACUAUUUUAAAAUUUAUGAUCUUAAAACAUAUUCAGAUCUAUAGUGGUUAAAGUUAGAAUUAUGUUAACAGAAUGGUGUGACAUGACACUUAGAAUAUAAAUUUAUGUUCUAAAUCAGGAGUCAAUUAAGCUGGAAAAGUAUGUUUAGGGGAAUCUUGGAAAAACACAAACAUAAACUUAUAGCCCUAAAAUUCACAAACACUAAAUUAUGUUUGAAAAAAAGAGGUAGAUAUCUUUUUUUAGAGCUUUGUAACAAUGUCCUCUUUGUGGUUUAUUCAUUAGAGUCUAGCACUAUUAUAAUCAACAAGUCAUUGGAAAGGUUUUUGGUCAGCUGUAAGUUGGGUGUGCCUCGCUAACAUUUAAAGGUAGACAUGGAUACAGUUUAAUAUGAAACUAAGAAAAUCAGAGCUGACUGCCAUUUCCUGCCCACCUUCUUCCACUUCUUAUAUAUGUUUAUUCCAGAGUGGGGAAAUAUGGGUACAGAGGUUUCAUCCUAAAAUUGUUCUUUAAUAUGAGUCUAUAUUGUGGGUUUGGGCCUAAAUAAUUUUCUGUGCAGAACAAAUAAUGGACAGUAUCUGAUUUGCUCAGAGUACUGUUUGAUAAUAUAUUAAUAAGGCAUUUAUGCCUGUUUGCACUCAGGAUUAAUAUGUCAAAUUAAAUUUAAGGAGGAAAUGGGCAAUUCAGGUACAUCCAUUGCAUAUUCUUUUGGGAAAGAUGAAUCCUAUAUAUGGCAGUUUUUCAAUGUCACCCGAAGGCAAUGUGUUCUCCCAAAGAGAUCCGUCUUUUCUGGUUAAAAAAAAAAAAAAAAGGCUUUUGACCUUCCCUUUUCAUCUAUCAUAUGCCUUCAACCUCCCUUCUCGACGGUCCCUAUGUUUUUGUUUGACCAGUAAAUGACCACAGCUCAAUGAUGGCGAAACAGCAUCUGUCAGUCAGCUGUCUCGUAUGAGUCAUCUUGUGAGCUUGAGCUUCAGGAAGCAUGAGUAAAGCUAUAUGUAUGUAUAUAGUCAUAUAUGUAUUCUGACAAGAAAGAAAGUAUUUAUUUUGACACAGGGAAACACUGAUUUAUGUUGAAGAACCUGAAGCUAGUAAAAGGUUCUCUUCUCAGUCUCUGAGAGUGGACCCUCAAUGAUGUAAGACAUUCAGCAGACUCCUAGCCGCUCUGGUGUGCCCGCGCUGGCUGGGCGCACAAGGGGGGCAGGUGGACCCGACUUUGUGAGACUGUUGUACGGGAGAAGGCCAGAUUCUCUCCCUGAGAGUCUUCACUUCUGGGUUGAAAAGGUAGGGGCUGGGUACUAUACUGCCACAGGUGUUUAAGGAGCUAAGGUGUUAGAAAUACCAAAUGUUGGGGGGACCGGGAAUAACCUACUGGGAAGCUGAUUUAUUUGCUUAAAAGGGAGGUGUAGGAACCACUACCCUCUGUCUUGAUCUGCCAAGGAUUUCCUCUCAGAGCUGUUGCACAAAUAGAGGUUGUGCUUGGUAAGACACCAAACGAGACAAGAUAUGCACCUAAAUUUCUAAUGUGUUCUCUGGGUUUCAAUUCUGAAAAACAAGAAAAUGAAUAAAGAUUUUAAUAAGUA